CGAAAUAUCGUGCCCGUUUGUGUUUGGGAGAGUGUGGAGCGCGCGCGUGUUGGGAAAGUGGGUGUCGCUGUGCACGCUGCUGGAGGAGCUUCACAGCGAUGUGUCGAGGACUUUAAACACACUGUGUCAUACAGUGGUGCAAGGAGGGAGAUCGCGCCGUACUGGAUCGUAUACCGCAACAUGAGUCCGAGCGUCUCCAUUCUGAUCCAAUGCGUCUGAAGAUCCACUUUCCGCGCGCGAUGCUCUGACUGCCGUGUGUUUAUAUGGAGACACCCUAAAAAACAGUCAACCGGGAAAUGGUAACACAUGAACCUCCUCACUGGAAGGAACAUGGUUGAGAGGAGCAGUAAAUUUCUGUUCAUCGUUGUCGGCUCGGUUCUGUUCAUGCUGAUUCUGUAUCAGUACGUGGCUCCGGGGAUGAUGAACUUCGGCUCUCCGCACGGGUACAUGCUGGAGGACGAUGCGGAUCUCUUCCCGACUCCUGAUCCACAUUACGUGAAGAAAUACUAUUUCCCCAUCAGGGAUCUGCAGCGGACUGUGGAUUUUGAAAUCAAAGGGGAUGAUGUGAUCGUGUUCCUCCACAUCCAGAAGACCGGCGGCACCACGUUCGGGAGACACCUGGUCCAGAAUGUCCGGCUGGAGGUUCCGUGCGACUGUAGACCGGGACAGAAGAAGUGUACCUGUUACCGACCCAAUAGGAAAGAGACCUGGCUCUUCUCUCGGUUCUCCACCGGUUGGAGUUGUGGCUUACACGCGGACUGGACCGAACUGACCAACUGCGUACCGGGGGUUUUGAACAAAAAGGAGAGCAGGAUGAAAAACCAAAGGAAGUUCUACUACAUCACCCUGUUACGGGACCCCGUGUCCCGCUACCUGAGCGAAUGGAGACACGUCCAGCGCGGAGCCACGUGGAAAACCUCCCUGCACAUGUGUGACGGGCGAACGCCCACGCCGGAGGAGCUGCCCCCCUGCUACGAGGGCACCGACUGGUCAGGCUGCACGUUACAGCAGUUCAUGGAUUGUCCGUACAACCUGGCGAAUAACCGUCAGGUGCGCAUGCUAGCUGACCUCAGCCUGGUGGGCUGCUACAACAUGUCCUUCAUCCCAGAGAAGAAGCGUGCGCAGGUGCUGCUCGAGUCGGCCAAGAAGAACCUGCGAGACAUGGCCUUCUUCGGCUUGACGGAGUUCCAGCGCAAAACGCAGUACUUGUUCGAACGGACCUUCCGCCUCAAAUUCAUCCGUCCCUUCAUGCAGUACAACAGCACGCGGGCCGCUGGCGUGGACCUGGAUAACGACACGGUACAGCGGAUUGAGGAGCUGAACGACCUGGACAUGCAGUUGUAUGACUACGCCAGGGAUCUUUUUCAGCAGCGCUACAUGUACAAGCGACAACUGGAGCGAAGAGAGCAGCGCCUAAAGAACCAGCCCGCCCUCUUUCCCUUUCGUCGGACGCCCAGCUCCGAUCCUAAUUUCAGGGAUGACGCGCCAGAGUCCGAGGCGUCCCGAUUGCCCACAGAGGACUACAUGAAUCACAUCAUCAACCGCUGGUAGCAGUGCUGGGGGGAGGGGGACGGGAAGUACCGGUCGACGAGGAGGAAAAGAAUGCGACCCCCAGGUCCAAUCAAGCAGGAGAGGAAAACGGCUAACGAGAAAGAGACAGAACUUUAGCGCCACCAUCAAACACGGCCCUCCCCCCUUCUGUUGUGCUCCAGGAUAUCCUUCGCUCGUCUCGGAGAGGGAGGACUCCAAAUGCAGGACAACUUUGCGUGCCAGGUCAGAAAUGUGACCGGCUAACUUAAAGCACUGAGCCUGAACUUGAAACCAAGAGGCGAAGACUUCUACCGGCGCAAUCGCCCACAGAAGGAAAAAAAAAACCAUGCGUAAAAAUUAUCGAAAUUAUAUUCACUGCAGAUUUUAAAAGAAUGAAACUGUAUAGAGGUAUUUGCUUAAAUGUCUGCUGCCAUUUCAGCCAUGAACUUGUGACGAUAACGGUCUGUCUUAGUUUGUUAUGGUUUGAAUUAUUUUUAAAAGGGAUUUUUUCGUCCCUCAAAGAGGUAAAACUCACAGCACUGAGACCAACAGAGCUGCCUAACACUUAUUGGAUGCAAUUUAUUAGCUUUUCAUAAUCAGUGAUGACUUGAAAGGGUCUGUUCUAUUGUCCUUUUUUUGUGUGUGUGUUUAUUUGCACGUCGGCUGCAAAUUUCGACGGACGGACAGACGACACGUGGACCAUAGCCAUUAUUUAAGCUUUCAGCAUACUGUACGAGAACACCCCUGUGAGCUAAGUGUACUAAUAUAAACUUACCGAAUGUGAGAGGUCUUUAUACGUUGUUACUGGCCGAGACAAAUUCAGGGUGGUCAUCAGCACCCAAUCCAGGCCAUUUCUUGGUAGCCAAGUUGGGAGAUCCAAAGAGGAAACUGUGUCUUAUUUUACACUUAGUAAGGAUGGGCUCUGUGUUUCCGAGCGAAGUCCUGCUCAAUGCGUUUGACUCGAUAAUGAUGCCUGUAUGUCAGUCAAUAACAGGAGUGUCGUAGAGUUUGUGUGUGUGAAAGAGAGAGCUCGUGAAACGCAAGAGCAGAAGGAAGAAGCAGCAAACGCAGCCUUUAUAAAUGUCACCACCAUUCCCAAUUCCCAGAGACUACUCAUUAUUUAGUAGGAUGACUGUGUGUGUUUGAGAUUUUAAGCAUUCUGUUAAGGAUGACUGUUGUAAGUAUGCAAGCAUGUUUGGGUGUGACGUUUUUCUUUGUGAAUGUGUGCGAGAGUGUGUGUUUCAUGAUGACCAAUCUCUUGCCAUGGUCCUCAGGGACUGAAGCUGUUGCCAGUAAGGGGACAAGAAUGAUGUCACAUGUCUCCCCUUAUGCAAAUCUUUGUUAACUUUGAGUUGUUUGUUGUUAAAGGAACAGUUCGCCCUGAGAAAUGACCAUUCUGCCAUCUAACCCAACCCGUAUGACCCAAAAAUGAUGAAAACUGACAAAAUAAUCACCAGAAAGACAUGUGCAAGUGUGUUCCAAGUCACUCAAAGGGAUAGUUCACCCAAAAAUGAAAAUUAUCCCAUGUUUUACUCACCCUUAAGCCAUCCUAAGUGUAUAUGACUAUCUUCUUUCAGACGAACACAAUCAAAGACAUAUUUAAAAAUAUCCCGGCUCUUCCAAGCUUUAUAAUGGGAGUGAAUGGGGGUCGAGAUUUUGUAGUCCAAAAAAGCUCAUCCAUCCAUCAUAACAGUAAUCCAUACGACUCCAGGGGGUUAAUAAAGACCUUCUGAAGUGAAACGAUGGGUUUUUGUAAGCAAAAUAUCCAUAUUUUACAACUUUAUAAGCUAUAAUAACCAGCUUCCGGCAAACAUCCGUUGACUUAUGUUGGAAGCGUAUAGAUGUUUGUCGGAAGCUCGUUAUUAUAGUUUAUAAGGCUUUAAAUAUGGAUAUUUUCUUAUAAAAACCCAUCGCUUCACUUCAGAAGGCCUUUAUUAACCCCCUGGAGUCGUAGGAUUACUUUCAUGGAUGGAUGCACUUUUUUGGUCUUCAAAAUUUCGACCCCCAUUCACUCCCAUUAUAAAGCUUGGAAGAGCCAGGAUAUUUUUAAUAUAACUCUGAUUGUGUUCAUCAGAAAGACGAAAGUCAUAUACACCUAGGAUGGCUUGAGGGUGAGUAAAUCAUGGGAUAAUUGUAAUUUUUUGGGUGAACUAUCCCUUUAAUCAUAUGGACUGUUUUUUUUUUGUUGUUGUUUUUUUUGGCAGUCCUCAUUCACUUUCACUGUAUAUAAGAGCAGCGUGAACAUCCUGCAAAAAGCAUCUCCUUUUAUGUUCCACUGAAGAAAUAAAAUCAUACAGAUUCAUUUCUCUGGGCGAACUGUCCCUUUAAGUAACUGGCUACACAACAACCUCAGAGUAAACAGUAAGCGAGGAAGAUUGACUCCUUCCUCUUUAACUGACUCUUAAGGUGUUACGAGGGACGUUUUACUUUACUUACUGCUCUGCAAUGGGAAUUUAUUUCCUCAGUAACCAUAAAGACAGACUACUAUUCACUUACUGCAUAUUUAACCAAACCUAGAGUGUUGUUAUGUUAUACGGGAACAAACGAUCUGCAUAAUUCAUGAAUGAUCUUUAGGAAGGCAGCCCUUUAUUAAUAUCUUGAUGUGAUGCUGUCAUUCCCUUCAGCUGAUAUGCUCUUAAUGGAAACCCUCAGUAAAUGUUGGUCUCAUUGCAAAAUAGUUUGGUGACCAAGUGUUUCUCAGUCUUAAUUCAGCAAUGACGUACAGCUAAUCAGAGUAGAGAAUUGGUGUGCUGUCAAGUGUUAUAGGUCAGAAACAUACUCUACGGUGGCAGAAACAAACCUCAGUACUCACCUUCAGAUGUCUGUGCCAUUAAACUGGAAGUGUUAUUCAGGUAAAUAGCUACUGUAUGUAGAUUAUUUAACUUUUACUUAUUUGCUAUUGCUCAGCCAUGACAGUAGUUGAUCUGAAAUAGAAAACUGGCUAACAUUUUAUGCUAUAUCACCCCUUGUGGUGAUGCUGAGAAUGCCACACAUUUGAAUGAAUUUAUUCAGUCUCUAAAAUGAAGCCAGUCGCUGCUGUAGAGUGUGUUUCCAACCUCAUGUGAGUCUAGCAAAGUGACUCCAACUCUUUUUGAGAGAAUGUGUGUGUUUGUAAGUGCGAGAGACGCACUAGCGAAUCCCUGAGCUCUGCUCAUUUAUCCGUCACAUCCAGUUCAUCUGCUCUGGGUAUUUUUCUCAUCAUUUCAACAAUGGAUCGUCAAAUACACCAUUAAAAAAAAAUCAUUUUUAUAUAUAAACAUG